UCCUGGAGAGAUGUUAUAUUUGGCCCAAACCUGUUUUGUGCGUAGGUGUAGCUGCCUGUUUCUUUCUGAGUAGUUUUUACGUUCCCUUCUCCAACACGGAUAACUGCUAACAAUAAGAGGCUUGUUUUAGAUCAAGCAUUGGAACAAGGUUCACGGGGGAGAACAACACCCAACAGAGGGACAAGUCCACCACUAGGUCUCGUUGCAGCCUUCGCAAAGCAGGUAACCAACGGGAGAGAAGGGAAGGCCAUCCAAACGUCCCCAGAUGUGGCUUGGGUUCUGCUGAGGGUCUUCAAGCGAAAGUGGGGGGAGCAAAGGUGGACAGGUCCUCAUCAGGUGGUCGAGAGAACCUCCCACGCGGUGAGGCUAAAGGGUAAAGAUGACACCUGGUUCCAUUGGAAUCAGUGCGCAGCAGUAGAGGAACCACAGAGGUCGGUGGCGGAAGUCCAUCGGUCUCUACAAGCCGAGAGCACUGGGCUGGCUAGCUCAGAACCUAAGAUCACCACUAACGGGGCAGAAUAAUCCCCUGGUGACAAAAUAGGUAACAGGGUAGUCCACCCCUGUUACCGAAGCAAGAAGACGUCGAAAGGGGGAAAGGGAAACAGCGCUCCCUUCCUGCAUGUAGCAAAACCGCGCUACCCACGCAAGAAUUAAAAGCUAGAAAAAUUGAUUCAAUGUCGCCGGCUCAGCUUAGCAUUUGAAUUUUCUGUUGGAUAAUUGUACUCAUGGUGUUUGGCUGGGCCUUAAGUAGAUUGAUAUUAACAGGGCAUACCCGCUUAUAAGUACAUAUAAAAAAAACAAAAAAAACAAAACAAAACAGGGGUGACGACAUUAACAGUGUGUGCCGUAGAUGCCGGUCAAUAAGACUAAGUACUGGGAGUUGGGGGUUUGACACAAAGGGUAGGAUUCCUGGAAAACCAAGGAAGAUAACAGUGUAAAUAAUAAAGGCUUUCGCUUGCUUGGCACAUAUAUUCCGGUGUACGCAUAAAGGUAUUAAGUGUCGUGCUAUUUCCCCGGCGGUAGGCUAGGAUGCGUUUAUACGGCAAUCCCCGGCUAUUGGCAUGGCUGACAGCCCUGUCGGUGAGCAUAAUCCCAUUGAUUUUAUGGCUGGGUGAACCGACGGAUACACCCACUCAUCGUACGCGUAGUGUGCAGCAGUUAGACUCAUGCUUGCACACAUAUGGGGGCAUAGAACUUAACUACACCGAGGGAUCACCCACGGCGUUCCUGUUUGAUCUCUGCCAGGUGAUAAAGUGCGGUAGACACCCGAGGAGCUGGAGAGGUUAUGAUGCGUAUCUGUGUGGCGUCCCGGUAGUAAACGCGGACUGUGCGGCAGGACAUAGACCUUGCAGACCAAUGGGAUGCAUGUCAUGGUGUAGCGAUUGGAGUCAGGCGGUAGGUUACACUGGUCAAUGGAGUCCGUACUACACUUAUGGCGACCGGAAAAAAGCAGACAAGAUCAGUUUGGCCAGAGAACAGUGGUCCAGCUCGGGUGAAGGCUCGAACCCUAUGGCAUUGUCCAUAGAGCGGCUCACCGGCGGCUUCUUCCCGGAAUAUCCCAAGGUCGCAUAUUUUGUUUUAGGAGUAGAAAUAUCGGGUAGAGACCCACAGGCUCUAAUCAAGGUUAAUUUCCUGCCAGCAGCUACACCAACACAGACACCACUAAUUUCCCCCGCUACCGCGGCCCCCGGAAAAAGGGGCGCUUCUGAUAACUCCGUAUCCUCCAGAAUUGAGACCAUCGAUUAUUCACAACUGAAACCGUUGGAGGUGAUUAGGAUGGCCACGGGAUACUCGGAUGACAAUCUAUGGCUAAAGUGGGUAACUCAAACUGCCAAAGAACAGGGCAUGGGGAAUUGUGUAGCCUGUGCGUCGGGCCGGCCCCAACUGGUCACGGUACCGGCUCCAUUGUUCCCCUCAGAUUCCUGGGGAUACAAUUGCAUGACCGGACUCACAAAGAAUCGGGAUGAGAAUUGCUUCACCCUCGCUAGUUUAUUUCCACCCAUUAGUAACGAUACCGCCGUAGGUCCGUUCACCCCAAAUAAAGGAAACGGGUCGUAUGUGUGCUUUAACUUUACCACCCCACGUUGUAACGUCACCCAUAACCGCAUGCCACGAAACUUUUUACUAGGACAGGUAGAUGCAUCAUGGUGCGGGCACAUCAGGUCGGGGGAAGAAAUCGGUGUAUGGGCUAGAGGAGGAUUAUAUUAUUACUGCGGGCGGGACUUGCACGUCCGGAUACGAGCACAUGGAUACGGUCUCUGCGCCAUGGUGCGGUUAAGAACUCCUCUCAUACUGGUAGGGGACAAGAUAGUUCCCUCACGUGCCGAUCCACACACCGCCAACACUUGCUCGCCAACACUUGCUCGCCGUCGACGAAGACACGUUAUUGCUAAACGCGGCACGGGCGUUUUUGAUCUGUCAGUGGGGUCACCAACAUACAUGGAUGCCAUUGGCGUUCCAAGAGGGGUGCCCGAUCAAUACAAACUAGUGGACCAAGUAGCUGCGGGAUUUGAGAACAUGCUGAUCAUUGCUGCCCUGUUUCCUGUUACGCCCAACAAAAACGUCGACCGCAUUAACUAUGUACACUACAACGUACUUUGUUUAGCUAACCUUACCAGGGAUGCGGUAGCAGGCCUGGCGGAACAGACCGGUCCAACCUCCUUGAUGGCCGUCCAGAAUAGGAUGGCUCUCGACAUGUUGCUGGCCGAAAAAGGGGGAGUUUGCGCGAUGUUCGGUGACGCGUGCUGCACGUACAUUCCCAAUAAUACGGCCCCGGAUGGGUCUGUUAAUAAAGCAUUAGAAGGGCUCCGUACGUUAUCUGACACUAUGCAUGAACAGUCUGGACUAGAUAAUCCCUUAGACGAGUGGAUGACAAGUGUAUUUGGCCGAUGGAAAGGAAUUAUUACAUCUCUGUUAUUGUCUAUCGCUACUUUUAUUGCUAUCCUCACCACGUGUGGAUGUUGCUGUAUCCCGUGCAUCCGCGCCCUGUCAGUUAGAUUGAUUGACACUGCGAUCCAGGGAAGAACGCAGGCCAUGAUGCCACUGCUCCUGCCCGUAGAGGAGCACAUAGAAGUAACCGACGACAAAGUUAGGCUUAGGGUCAUGGGUGACUUUUGAGUGAUCUCUUUGCAGAGAUCAAAAGGGGGAAUUGUGGGGAUACCCAAUGUAAAGUGCCAAAAGCUUAUAGUGGAUUGUAGGACACGCGAUAUUAAUCAUCCUAUGACGUAAUAUAUAUAUACGUCGGGCAUGAGAGGUUCACGGGCACUCGUCUCAGAGACGAUGAAAACAGGUGACAAGUAGAAGGUAGCACAAGUAUGGUAGACAACAGACUGUGAUGAGAUCCAGGAAGUGGGCAGGGGGAGGAUCCAGCGAAGACAGUACUUAAGACACCACUAAAAGAUAACGAGUCAGAUCUCUCUUGUUACCACUUUGAAUGCAUAUGCUCUAUGCUGUAACGGAGGGAUCUCCGCACUUUGCAAACUGCGUAAUAAAACUGAGUGCACUGUCUA